AUGCAGUCGCUGGCUGACAGGCUCGGAGCGAGCGAGCGAGUCCCCAUUGGCGACCAUGGCAGAGUCUCCAUUGCAGCCGCUGGCUGGAGUUCAUCGCUCGUUGCGGUGCGGCGGCGCUGGAUACUAUCGAGUCGGAUCGCAGUCAACUCGCUUUUCAAUCAACUCGCGCGAUCCAUCGCGACAAAGAAUCCGGGCUUGAAGAUCGAGCAGUUCAAGCGUGUCACCUUGGCGUCCCGCGCUUCUCGUUUGAUGGGUACAACACGCCGCGCUGCUAGCAAAAAAGAUAUCGCAGAGAUGGCUUCGCUCGCGCCGCGGACGCGCAGCUGGGCCCCCAUCGCGAGCAAGCCGCCGCCGGGCGCCAUCCACUGGCCGGGGCCGGUCCCGGCGCGCCCGGAGCCCCUGCUUGGUCCGCAUGGGCCGCGUUACUUCUCCAUGCGGUGGCGUGCGGUGGCGCAUUGUGCGGGCGCCGAGCGCGGUUUUCGGCCAAUCGCGGCGCGCGCUCGGCGGGUGAUUAUGGCUUCAGGGCCCCCGCAAUCGGUGGAUUCGAUGACGGCUAUGAAGGGACCUGCGCAAGCCGAUACGGGCGCCGCCGGGUCAGAUUAG